GACAUUUUGACGAUUGGUGCAACUUUUUUGGUCGUGUCCAAAAGCCGGACUCAUCCAACACCACUCGCCGAUUGAGACAUUGAGACCGAGUUAAUAAAGUAGCAAAAUGCCUCCUAAAUUCGAUCCAACAGCGAUUAAGAUCGUGUAUGUAAAGGCAGUAGGAGGUGAAGUGCCAGCAACAUCAUCCUUGGCUCCUAAGAUCGGUCCACUUGGUCUGUCCCCAAAGAAAGUUGGUGAUGACAUCUCGAAGAGUACACAGGAAUGGAAGGGGCUGAAGAUCACUGUCAAGUUGGUGGUGCAGAACAGACAGGCUAAGGUUGAAGUAGUGCCUAGUGCAUCUUCCUUGGUGAUCAAGGCUCUCAAAGAGCCUCCAAGGGACAGGAAGAAGGUGAAACAUGUAAAACACAGUGGCAAUAUCAGCAUGGAUGAAAUCAUCCGAAUUGCACGCAUCAUGAGGCCCAGGAGUAUGGCCAGAACAUUGGCUGGAACAUGCAAGGAGGUCCUUGGCACUGCUCAGUCAGUUGGAUGCUCUGUUGAAAAGUGUCCUCCUCAUGAUGUCAUUGACAAAAUCAACAGUGGUGAAAUUGAAGUGCCUGAUGAGUAAACCAGACCAGAACAUUUUAAAGAAAAUAAAAAGUCCACUGUA